GGGAAGCGGCCUCGGCUCGGGCCGGCCGCGCGGGGCCUUGCAGCAGCGCUGCCCGCGCGGCGGCUCCGCGGAGGGCGCGGAGGUCCCAGCGGCGGCCGGGGCCGAGGUAGGGGCGGCGGGCCCUGCGGCGCGGCGGAGCCCCCGGCCCGGCCCGGCCCGGCCCGGCAGACAGGGGCCCGCGGGGGCGCGGCUUUCCCGGCCGAGCGCGCCAGUCUCUCGCCUCCGCCGGAGCCCCGUUGCCAGAGCCGGGCCCGAGCCCCGCUCCUCCUCCCCCGGCUCGGCCUCUGCUUGUUCUCAGUGCAGAAGCUGUUGCAGGAAGAUACCUGUGUGAAACUGGUUGAUGGUCCCAGCAGGAGGCCUGGAUUCCUCCCUGGCUGCUGAGCUACAGCUGGGCAAAAAUCUUUCAUCUUCCUUCCUGAGAGGUGAUUCCGAAAGGAAAAUGGCUGGAGAGAGCUUUGUCCAGGUUCCAGUAACUUUUGACGAUGUUGCUGUUUAUUUCUCUAAGGAGGAGUGGGAGGAGUUAGUCGAAUGGCAGAAGGAGCUGUACAAGGAUGUGAUGAGGGACAAUUAUGAGGUUUUGUUUUCACUGGGCUGUUCUGCUGUCAAACCUGACAUCAUAUCACAGAUUGAACAAGGAGAAGAUCCAUGUGUUAGUGGACACCAGGAAGGAUGUACUUCAUAUUCAGCCCCUGCUGCCGUAGCUCCGAAUACUCUCACCUUGUCCUCACCAGCUGGAGGCUCUCCUACACCUACAUCAUCUAUUCCCUCCUCCCAUGAAAUGGACUCUUCUCUAUCCGCUGUACAUUCCAUUAGCCCACAGAUUCAGGAGACACACUCUGUGCAUGGCAUAGUCUUCACUAGAAGCCUGGGGAGAUUGGGAAGCAAAUGUCCUUGUGCACUUUCAGGUCUGUCCCUUAGUAGAGCUGCCCAGGACCAAGUGGAAAGUGAAAAGAUAGCAUCAGGGAUGACUUCAUCUCAUCUGUAUACAGAUUCAGAGAAGAUCCAUUCAUCUGGACAAGUCCAGAGGCCUGAAUCUUGUUCCCACACAAGUCAAGGAUCUGAGAAUAAUACUUCUGUGUCCAGAGCUAAGCAGUUGCAUCUGCCUGCCCACGACUUGGACAUAUGUAGCAUUCUCCAAGAGAUGCAGACAGCAAGAAUCCACCUAGCUAGUAUAGCUGGUUCUCUGCUGGUUUUGUCAUCUGCAUUCCUCCCAGCCCCCCAGCCCCCAAGCACAGGCCCUUAGGAAUUUAUAACAGUGUGGUCUUCCCCUUUUAAGAAGAGGCAGCCAAGCCUGUUAAGGAUAUUCAUCUGUGGGGCAUUGUGAUAAUGAGGGAGUGUCCCACUGGGUCUUAAAGUGCAGAUGAGAGAACAGAAGUGGGGAAAAAAAGCAAUGAGGGAGCAGCUUGCAAGGAAGAGGAGCCAGGUUUCUGGUCCAGGACAAAGCCAAGUGGAAAGUGCUUACUCGUCUCAUGUCCAGAGAGGAUGGAGGAUUUGUUCUGCUGUGUUGUUAAAGACUCAGGGUUUUGGUGGUAACUGAACUGCCUGAAGGGCUAACAGCAGAGUUAACUGGCCUGCACAAGGUAGUAGAGCAAAGGACCUGCUUACAGCAUUCAUCUCAUGAUAGAUGUUUUAGACAUUCUCACACUUGCAGCUGGAAGCCAGAUGGAGUACGUGAGUGUGAAAUACAAACCAUUUCACCAUAGACCAUGUCCUGACACAGACACCUCAUGAAUAUUUACUGGUGCAUGUUACUGUGAUCUGUCAGCACUCCUACCUUUCUCACUUACCCUUCACUUCCAGUAGUAAAGCAGACUUCAGUGAUAACCAUUACAUUUAUCAUAGUAUACAAACUUUAGUGCACUUGUCCAUCUGAUUUUAUUGAAAUAUAGGAAUAGUAUACUUA